GAACGCUGAAGCGGGGUCUGUGAUUAAGGAUGCACUGAGUUCGUCGGUUGUUGUAGCAACCGUCUUAAGGCGCCGCAGCGUGAGAGCAGAGUGUGUAGCUGUAGCUGUGUCAGUAGUGACGUUAAUAUUAGUUUAAAAUGUGAUAUGCUCACUGAAAUUAAUGCAUGCAACGUUCAGCGUCGAGCAGUGUCGUUUUAUAUUCAUGUUGGAUAAAGUUAGCGUCAUUAUGAGACUGCGGAUAAUCGCUCAGUGACGCCAAAUCCGCUAACCGAGCAGCCUGCCACGUUUAAGUCGCAGUAAACAAAGACCAGCUGUCGUUUAAGAAGUUAAGAAGUUAAACUGUCUGUCUGAUUGAGUUCACAGUCGCUCGUCAUGUCGGCUGUCGGCACUCUUAUACCUGCGCGGUUCUUGACCAUCGUGGCUCACCUUGUCAUCGUUAUCACGAUCUUUUGGUCGAGGGAAAACAACGUGAAGGCGUGUUUGCCUCUAGAGUACACACAAGAGCAGUAUGACAGUGAAGAUAAAAAGUUGGUGGUGGCAUUGGCGGUCACCCUCAGCCUGUUUGCCAUAGAGCUGGCUGGGUUCCUCUCAGGAGUUUCCAUGUUCAACUACAGCCAAGGUCUCCUGUCAUUGUCUGUCCACUGCAGUGCAUCUGUGUCCUUGUCAUUCUUUGUGUUUGAGAAGUGGGAAUGCUGGACAUAUUGGGUUAUUUUUGCCAUCUGCAGUGUGCUACCUGCUUUUAUGGAGAUUAUUCUGUUUAUAGCUGUUCUUGGACUGAAGAAGAAGCCAUUAUGAAAGACUGCCCUCAUGCAAAAUGCUGCAAAUUGGUGUGGACAUCUGUCUGUAUUAACAGAUACUGUACAGAAGGUCUGUGAUUCAUUGACGAUGUACAGAGGAAUGAACUGAAAAACUGUUACUGACUUAUGUGCAUACACUGCAACAACAAACAUCAAAGGAAUAUAGAAGCCACAGUCUGUCUGCAAGGUUUUUAUUAUAUUGUUAUAGAUACCACAUAGUUAUUUUUCACUUUUAAUGUCCAGGGUGUGUUUAGAAAGGACAGAAUGUCCCUUGUCAAAAAAUAAUGGUAAUUAGUCAGUAAACAUUGAUGUAGUUCUCUGUUUAGACUGUUAUUGUAAACACAAAUACAUUUUGUAUAAAUUAUUUCGUAAACUGUC